AUGAAGGUUGUUGCUUCCAUUCUGCCUCUUCUCGCUGUGGCUUCUGCCUCGUGCCUCCAUGGCACAUCACUCAUGCCCCGUUCUGCCGAUGGUCGAGUUGAUAUCAACCCUUACAACUACACCAACACCGGCGGUCCCCUGAACUGGUACGGACUCGACCAGGAGAACACUGCAUGCUCGACGGGCAAGCACCAGUCUCCCAUUGUGAUCGAGACGGAUGACAUUGACUACGCCCAAUCCAAGUCAAUUCGCUUCCACGUCCCCAGUGCUGAUGCGGCCAAGUUCGAGAACCUGGGUUCUGGCCUCGAGGUCGUCCUGACCAACGGCACCCUCACCACCAAGGACAGCUCCUACAAACUUGCUCAGUUCCAUUUCCACACCCCUAGCGAGCACCGUAUCGACGAUGAGUACUAUCCUAUGGAGGCUCACUUCGUCUUUGAGGGCACUGCUGGCGAUAUUGCCGUUGUCGGCUUUGUUUUCGAGCUCUCCCAGUUCGGUUACUCCACCCCUCUCUUCGAUUCCGUUUUCGCCCACAUCGAUGAUAUUGCCAACCCCGGCACCUUCACCAAGACUGGCCACCUUGACUUCUCGGCCCUGACUGCUCACCUGAACGCCCACGGUAUCUACCAGUACACCGGCUCUCUCACCACCCCUCCCUGCUCUGAGAACGUCAAGUGGUUCCUCAGCACAGAGCCCCUUGCCCUAAAUGUCCAGAGCUACAAUGCUGUUAAGCACAUCCUGAAGUACAACGCUCGCUACACUCAGAAUGCCCUUGGCCAGGACAACCUCCUGGAGAUUGCUGCUAAGGAACUGAGCUAA